AUGAAGAGGGAACGUAUCCAGCCAUACCAAGAGAUGCAAGUCUGGGAUGGUGUCUCCGACGCGCGCAUUGAGUUUGAUUGGGAGCCGCAAGGCUCAGGACAGACAAUUGCGUACAUGAUCGAGAACCUCAAUCUUACUUCUGGACUAUUGAGCCGGCUUGACGAGUUGGGAGGUAUUUCUAUUUUUGAUAACGCUCGGGUCGAGGACAUCUCAUUUGGGAAAGAAGCAGACGGCUUGGAUCUAUCCGAAUGGCCGGUGGUACAGUUGUCAGGGGGAAAGCAGCUCUUCGCCCGUCUUCUCGUCGGCGCUGAUGGCGCGAACAGUCCCGUGCGCUCUUUCGCUGGCAUUGAAGCGAGGGGAUGGGACUAUGGACGACACGGCGUCGUUGCCAGCUUGCAGCUCGAGGGUGAAGGAUGGGGCGGCGACCAGACGAAGAUCGCGUAUCAGCGUUUCUUGCCGACUGGUCCUGUGGCUAUGCUACCUCUACCGGGCAAUUACUCUACGCUCGUCUGGUCCACCACUCCGGAGAAUGCUUCACGACUAAAGAGCUUGUCUACAAAGGACUUUGUCGCCAUGGUCAACGCAGCCUUCCGUCUCAAUACAGCCGACCUCGAGUAUCUGCAUACCCAGCCUUCAGGCCAAGCCGAGGAGGUAUCUUGGCGCCUACAGCACUCCUCUCAGGACGCACAAGCAAUACCGCAGGCAGUAGUCGAUGUGCAAGAAGGGACCGUGGCUUCAUUCCCGUUAAAGCUGCGUCAUGCAGACACGUAUAUUGGCGAGCGGGUUGCUCUGGUCGGCGAUGCAGCUCACACCAUCCACCCCAUUGCCGGUCAAGGUCUCAACCAAGGGCAGGGCGAUGUUCAGAGUCUUGCGAAGACUAUCGAGUAUGCCGUCAGCCAUGGCCAGGAUCUUGGCACCACGAUGUCUCUUGAGUCGUAUCCCGCAGAGAGAUAUUCUGCAAACCAUGUUGUCCUUGGAGUGUGUGAUAAGCUACAUAAGCUAUACUCCGUGGGUAGUGGUCCGCUGGUAUCGUUGAGAUCCAUGGGUCUUAAUGCUGUGAAUGCAUUGAGACCUGUGAAGGACUUCCUCAUGACACAAGCUGCUGGGAGUGGUAGCAAGCUAUUCUAG